GUCAACGGUGACAUUCCACCUCGAUUAAAAAAGAGUGCCCAUGAAAUAAUCCUGGAUUUCAUCCGAUCGCGACCUCCAUUAAAUCCUGCCUCGGCAAGAAAACUGAAACCAACCCCACCACGGCCACGCAGCCUUCAUGAACGGAUACUGGAGGAAAUCAAGGCAGAGAGGAAGUUACGUCCAGUCUCACCUGAUGAGAUAAGGCGUAGCAGGCUGGAUGUAUCUACGCCAGAGGCUGGAAGAAAAUUAGUGGAUGCCUCUGUAGUGAAUGGUGGCCUGGCACCACAAGGAAAGCAGAACGGGGCCACACAAGUGACAGUACAACGCAAGAGACUCCUUAAGGCUCCCACGUUGGCUGAACUUGACAGCUCAGAUUCAGAGGAGGAAUCAGUGCACAAAUCAGCAAGUAGCAGCAGCAUUUCCCCCUCACAAGUGGAAGACCCCUCUCAAGAAGGCACCAGCAGCAGAAAGAUGCCUCCAAAGUUCUUGCCCAUAUCAUCUACACCACAGCCUGAGAGACGGCAGCCACCUCAGAGACGACAUUCCAUUGAAAAGGAAACACCAACCAAUGUGAGACAGUUCCUACCGCCUUCAAAGCAGAGCUCCAGAUCACUUGAGGAGUUCUGUCACCCGGUGGAAUGCCUGGCUCUGACGGUGGAGGAAGUCAUGCACAUCCGUCAGGUGCUGGUGAAGGCGGAGCUGGAAAAGUACCAGCAAUAUAAAGACGUCUACACUGCUCUCAAGAAAGGAAAGCUCUGCUUUUGCUGUCGAACAAGAAGGUUUUCUUUCUUUACCUGGUCUUACACUUGUCAGUUCUGUAAGAGGCCUGUAUGCUCACAGUGUUGCAAAAAAAUGCGGUUGCCAUCAAAGCCAUAUUCUACUCUCCCCAUCUUCUCACUGGGACCUUCAACCUUGCAAAGAGGAGAAAGUUUUAUGAGGCCAGAGAAACCCUCCACCAGUCACCACCGAUCGCUGCGGAGCAUGUCCAGGUUGACCUCGAGGUCCAAAUCUGUGGAUAAGUCACAUGAAGAGUUUCCCAAAGAAUUAAUGGAGGACUGGAGCACGAUGGAGGUGUGCGUGGACUGCAAGAAGUUUAUUUCAGAAAUCAUCAAUUCAAGCCGGCGCAGCCUGUCUCUGGCCAACAAGAGAGCCAGGUUAAAAAGGAAAACGCAGUCCUUCUACAUGUCGUCGCCGGGAACCUCUGAAUACUGCCCCUCUGAAAGGACUAUCAAUGAGAUCUGAGCCUUGUGCCUUUUCCUUUGCUUUUGUCUUCACGAGGUCAUCAUCCAUGAGCAAGGUCACUGAAACUGGAUUAUCAUUCCGUUGCUUCGUUUCACUCGACUGGCUUGAAUUUGCAUUAGAUCACGGGAUUUCCUACUCCAGUGGUUCCCAGAGAUGCAGAACGCUAUAUUUAGAUCUGUGCAGAAUGAUACGCAACGGGUCAGCUGCUCGCACUGGAAGAAAAUCAAUCGUUUGAAAUUGUUGCCUCUUUUGUAUGCGUGCGUUGACACUAGAA